GGUUUUUUAUAUGCCUGAGUAGCAAUUGUACUGCAUGUUACGGCAUGGAGGGGCCAGUCUCUACAACGAGAUCAGAUGAGAAUGUUCACCGCGCAUCAGAAUCUUUCCCUGCGGCUGCUUGUGAUCACCACGGUCGUCUCCGGUAGUUGGGGUUUUCUUGGCACUACGGGCUGCGGCUAUCGAUGUGCGAGCGGCGAGUGCAUCCCAUUGGACCGGUUAUGCGAUGGCAUUGCCCAUUGCCAGGAUGCCUCGGACGAGACUAAAGCCUUGUGCCAGAAAGUCUUGUGUCCGGGCUACGCUUUCCGGUGCAAUUACGGAGCCUGCAUCGCCAGCGCGGCGGUGUGCGAUGGCACUACGGAUUGCGUGGAUGGUUCGGACGAAGAGCGGUGGCUGUGCCGGGCACAGAUGCUGGAGGCCAACUGCGAUCUCUGGGAAAUGCAUUGCUCCUCCGGCCAGUGCAUGCCAUACUCCAAGCUGUGCGAUGGCACCGCGGAUUGCACCGAUGGGGAUGAUGAAGAUGCAACAUUGUGCGAGGGUGUGACAAAAACAGAACAUGAUCCAUCAACUAACACCACCCAGAGGGAGGAUGGAUGCCUGGUGCCGGACUUGCCAAAUGUGAUAAUUAAAUAUUCAAACAGUGCUGUUAUCCACGCCGGAACAAGGAUUCCCAAUGGCACUUCCAUUUUCUAUGACUGCCCGGCGGAACAUACCUUGAAAGGAGAGACCCACAAUACCUGCCAUGGUUCCAUGUGGAUCCAAAAGUUUCCAUAUUGUGAAACAGCUCCAACCGCCUUCUUCUUCAAUCUGACAAUAUGCUUGUUCUCCCUCCUGAUGGUGAUCCUGGUUUUCUUACUGUGGCGGCUGCGCCGUGACAGUGUAACUAGACGGCGACGGGAGGAAAAUAUUUGGUUGGUAGAAACAAGUUCUAGUCGACCCUCGGAAAGUAAUCUACCAAAAUUCUAAGAAUAUAAGUUAGGUUUUUAAAUUUAAAUUGUAACGGAUUUUAGGGAAUACUUAAAAGUGCUUUGUUGAGCUAUCAGCGUUUUGAUAGCGGCCAAAUUAA